AUUUGUGUACUGCUGUUGUGAUACACUGUUGAAAUACUGUUGUGGUUAGUGUAUUGUUUCUUGUGUGGCGUAAAGUAAACAAACAUACGAGUACGUGUGUACGCGGAGCAGUUGUUAGAGUUUAAUGUGACGUGAAUCAUGAACUGCGCAACUGAUUUUGACACCUCAGAAUUUGUAGACACGAAUUAAUUUUGCUACCUAGAUAUUUUCAUUAUGUCAUUCGUGUUUCUUAUAUUCAGGAUGUCAAAUGAGUAGCGACCCACUCACAAAACAGUGAAGAUGAUUCCCAGUAGUACACUUGUUGUCCGACAUUUACCAUCAGAUUUCACUGAUGAGGAAAAAGAAGACUUUCUCAAGCAUUUUGGAGCAAUCCAGGUGAAAUGCAUAAGUUCAAAAAUAAAGAAGAGUAAUCUUACAUUUGCCAGAUUCAAUUCAGAGAUAGAAGCAAAACAUGCUCUUCAGAGGCUUCAUCAGCUUGAUGUUUUGGGACAUCGGCUUACUGUUGAAUUUUCCCGGGAGGCUAAAGGGAGUGUACUUUCAAGUGAGAAAGUUCCAAUCAUUCAAGCAACAAAAGAGGAAAAAGAAAAUUCUCAGAAAUACUAUGAAGCAUUUCUUCACAAAUUAAAUUCAUGGAACUCAUCAGUCAACUUCCUGCAGCCACCACCGGCACAUUUAAGGUAUCAGUACCCACCUCCUACUGUUGCAAUACUCACAAACAUUUCGCGGGCUCUUGCAUCUGUGCCAAAAUUCUACACUCAGGUGCUGCACUUAAUGAACAAAAUGAAUCUACCAUCGCCUUUUGAAAAUAUAUUUCCUGAAGCAGGCGUAUCUUGUAACUUAAAGGACGUAUUUCCUGAAACUAACGAGGGCACUCGCCAUACGACAGAUAUUGUGGAAGAAGAAGAUAUACAGUCAUCAGAGGACGAGUCUGAGAUAGAAAGUGAUCUGGAAAACCAAAUGCCGAGAGAGAUUGUACCAAUGAAACGAAAGUCUUCACAAAACAAGAAGAUAGUUAAAAGACCUAAAUUUGUGAAGCCCUUACCUGCUGCUCCAAGUACAUUAAAACCAACUCAUAAACCAGAGGAAGUUUUUGAAAAACCUCCAUGUGAAAUGACUGUAAAAAAAAUUGAGUUGCCAGCAAAACUCAUUCCUGCAUCUGCAGAAAAAACAGAUGAUGUGCAGGCUGCAGCCCAAAAUAUAGAAGCAGAAGCUCAUGGAAGUUUUGGUCUUAUGUUCCCUGAGAACAAACCCGUUUCAGAUGAAACCAAAGAGGAAAGUGAAAAGAAUGAGGAUGACAGCAGUAUUAUUACAGCUGAAGAAUUGGCAGCCAACCGUAUUUCAUCCCGAGAUCAAAAGCAUUUGCCAGUGUUCAAGAAUUACCAACCUGGAAUUCCUUCCUGUCGCCUGUACAUAAAAAAUAUAGCCAAGCAAGUAACAGAGAGAGAGUUACAUUAUAUAUAUAGAAGAUACAAUGAACCCGAUUCUGAAGAGCAGGGAAACAUGUUCGACAUACGUUUAAUGAAGGAAGGUCGAAUGAAGGGACAAGCUUUCGUCACAUUACCAAGUAUGAAGCAAGCUCAGUUAGCACUGAAAGAGACAAAUGGUUACAUACUCAAGGAUAAACCUUUGGUUGUGCAGUUUGCUAGGUCAGCAAUAGCAAAAGAUAAAAUGUAGAAUAAUACACCAUUUGAGUUCAUUCAUCCGUGUUAUGUUUCAGAUGUGGCACUCACAUACAUUUCUAGCAUUGGAGAUAAUGAAGACAGAAGAAGCAAAAGAUGCAGCAGAAACUUCCCUGAUAUGUAAUAGAAAUUUCUUUUUGUACUGUUAUAUAAAUAUCUGGUUCUGGAUUUGCUUCCUAAUGAACAAAGAGAAUUUAUGAAAUAAAUCAAAUAAUCUGUAAGAAGACCAACAUGUGAAGUUAUAAGAGAAAGAGAUGAAUAAAUAUGCAAGUGCUUCUAUAAAGGACAUAAAGCAUACCUAUAUUCACAAAAUGUUGCUAGUGUUUGACUUUUCAGACUAUUAUGGAAAGCCUCAUAACAUCCUUUUGUACAUUAUACAGUGUUUCCUUCUUUUAUAAUUCUGUCUCCACCUGUUUGAACUUUAUUUACAUAUACUGAUGUGCAGUUGUAUCUUAAACAUAUUUUCAAGA